AUGAAGUCUGCUUUUCAUCCCUUGUUGAUCCUGUUCCUGGUGGUGAUUACUCAAUCCACCAAUGCCUCUACUAAUACUGGCUAUGGAGGAUACCAACCUCCAUCAUCUACACCGCCGCCAACUCCGACGUACUCUUCCCCGCCUCCGCCAACUCCGUCCUAUCCUUCACCUCCGGUGGUUGUGAAACCACCUACACAUAAACCACCUAAGACACCACACUAUCCAUCGCCACCCACUAAGAAGCCUACUCCAACUCCGUACUAUCCAUCCCCACCAGUUGUGGUAAAACCGCCACCUAAGACACCAUAUUAUCCAUCGCCGCCAGUUGUGGUGAAACCACCUCCAAAGACACCAUACUAUCCAUCACCACCCACAGAGAAGCCAACUCCUACUCCAACUCCGUACCGUCCACCAGUUGUGGUGAAACCACCUCCUAAGACACCACAAUAUCCCUCGCCGCCAGUUGUGGUGAAACCACCUCCUAAGACACCACACUAUCCAUCGCCACCCACUAAGCCUACUCCUACUCCAACUCCGUACCGUCCACCAGUUGUGGUGAAACCACCACCUAAGACACCACAAUAUCCCUCACCACCAGUUGUGGUGAAACCACCUCCUAAGACACCAUACUAUCCAUCCCCUCCUACUAAGAAGCCUACUCCAACUCCAACUCCGUACCGUCCACCAGUUGUGGUGAACCCACCGCCUAAGACACCACAAUAUCCCUCGCCACCAGUAGUGGUGAAACCACCUCCUAAGACACCACACUAUCCAUCGCCACCCACUGAGAAGCCUACUCCAACUCCAUACAGUCCACCAGUUGUGGUGAAACCACCGCCUAAGACACCACACUAUCCAUCACCGCCAGUAGUGGUGAAACCACCUCCAAAGACACCAUACUAUCCAUCGCCACCCAUUGAGAAGCCUACUCCAACACCGUACAGUCCAUCGCCGCCAAUUGUGGAGAAACCACCGCCUAAGACACCACACUAUCCAUCGCCGCCCGUUGUGGUGAAACCGCCUCCAAAGACACCACACUAUCCAUCGCCACCCACUGAGAAGCCUACUCCAACUCCGUACUAUCCAUCCCCGCCAGUUGUGGUGAAACCGCCGCCUAAGACACCACACUAUCCAUCGCCGAAGCCUACUCCAACUCCGUACCAGCCUACUCCAACUCCGUACCGUCCAUCACCACCUGAUCAUUUGGGGAAACCGCCAGUUGAUGAUGAUGUGAAACCACCACCUCAUAAAAGUAAGCCAAAGCCAAAACCACCGGUGGUGAUCGAACCUCCUCCAAGUUAUCCAUAUGGGAAGCCGCCACCUCCACCCAUUUACUAGAAACCAACAUAGGCUUUGGUUAGGUUGUCACAUGAGAGAUAAAUCUAAUAGUAACGUGUAGUGCUUUAAUUAUCUAUGUAUGGCACAUUAAGAAGGGAAUCUUGUUUGUUUGUGUGUUUGUUUCAACUCUACUUUUAAAUCAAUGGCUAAAGAUAACAGCUAAGUAUUACCUUAAACGCAUGCAUGCAUAUGCACAAUUGUUGGCUGAUUUCUCUUGCCCUCUGUCUUGUCUUCUGUCUUUGUUAUAAUCUUGAUCAAAUCUCCUAUUUCUUUACUUUAACUACAAA